CCCCCAUUAUCAGCAUCAGCUAGCCGUCCCCCAUUCAUUCACUCGCCAGUGAUAGAUAUUGAAGCCAUGGCUACUUUGAUUUCUCAAAAUGCUGCUGCAAAAGUAAAAGGCGAGAAGAUUAAAAGGAAGGCACUUGACGAGCCUUCAGUAUUGGAUAUAGUGCCAGAGAUGGAAAAUUCAAAGGAUGUAGAUGUAGUGAGGCCUAAGAAGAAAAAGAAAGAGCGGAAAGAGAACAUACAAUCUGAAACUGAACAAGAACUUGAAAUGAAAAAACUUGAAAACAACUUGUUUGGUUCUUUGUAUCCAGUUGAGUUUGGGAAAGAUACAGAAGGAAUUGAUGAUGAAAAUGAUGAUUCUGCCUUAUUCUUCACUGAUCGUACCGCCAAUAGUGCGUUGUCAGUCUAUGAAGAUGAUGUAAUGACAGGAGAAGUUGUUUGUGCAGAGGAACGAAAACCUGUAUGGGUAGAUGAAGAGGAAUUAAAAGUCAACAUAAACAUUUCUAAAGUCAACAGGUUGAGGAAGAUGCGGAAGGAAGAGGACGAGAGUCUAAUCACGGGUUCUGAGUAUGUGUCAAGAUUACGGGCUCAGCACUUGAAGCUAAAUCCUCCCACUGAAUGGGCCCGACUCGAUUCACGGGAAAGAAACUACGGUUCAGACACUGAUAGUGAUGAAGAUGGAGAUAUUGACACUAUUCUACAGUCCACUGAAGAACUUGUUGUGAAGGGUGGUGGAAAAUUGUUACCUGGGUUACUAGAAUAUUCUAGGUUGGUUGAUGCAAACGCACAGGACCCGUCAAGCGCGCCUAUUAACUCUGUCCAGUUUCAUAGAAAUGGGCAGUUGCUUCUCACUGGUGGAUUAGACAAAAAGUUGCGGUUUUUCCAAAUUGAUGGAAAACGAAACACGAAAAUUCAAACGAUUUUUGUUGAUGAUUGUCCAAUCAGAAAAGCAUCUUUCACACCCGAUGGCUCUCAAGUUAUUGUAUCGGGAAGGAGAAAGUUCUUUUAUAGCUUUGACUUGGUCAAAGCACAGAUGGAUAAAAUUGGUCCGUUGGUAGGGCGGGAGGAAAAGAGUUUAGAAACGUUUGAAAUCUCACCUGAUUCAAAAACAAUCGCGUUUAUUGGAAACGAAGGGUAUAUUUUAUUGGUCUCAUCUAAAACAAAAGAACUUGUAGGAACUUUAAAAAUGAACGGGACUGCACGAGCUUUAGCUUUCGUAAAUGACGGGCAACAGUUGAUGACCACUGGCGGUGAUGGUCAAAUCUAUCAUUGGGAUCUUAGAACCAUGACUUGUUUUCACAAGGGUGUUGACGAAGGAUGUAUAACAGGUACUGCACUUGGGACAACCCCAAGUCGAAACAUCUUCGCUGCUGGUUCAGAUAGUGGAAUUGUAAACAUAUACAAUAGGGAUGAGUUUAUAGGUGGAAAUAAAAAGCCCAUGAAAACUAUCGAGAAUUUAACCACUAAAGUCGAUUUCAUGAAGUUUAACAGUGAUGCACAAAUCUUAGCCGUAUGUUCUAGUAUGAAGAAGAACAGCAUGAAGCUCGUGCAUAUCCCUUCGUUCACUGUUUUUUCAAACUGGCCUCCAUCAAAUAGGGCAUUGCAGUAUCCACGAUGUUUGGAUUUCAGUCCAGGCGGUGGUUUGAUGGCUAUGGGUAAUGCUGCAGGCCAUGUAUUACUGUACAAGCUAAAUCAUUAUCAACAUGCCUAGGUUUAGUUACUUGCGAUAUGAUCUUCAAGGGGUUUAAACAUAUAUUUUGUAUUGUUUUCUACUUAUGUAUUAAGUUACUGAUACGGCAUCUAUUUGCAGAUAGAAUGCUUUGCUUUUUGGUUAAUUAGAUUCUCUCGUAUCAUUAACUUUCAUGUCGUUUUUGGUUCU